GUGACCGUAUCCCUCGGGCCUCGGCUUGUACUGCUUGUAGACUAUCCUAGUCCGGUCACCGUCACCGGUUGUCGUUAAAUUAAAUUAAAAACUAACUAAAACCCAAAGAUUCCAGUUCAUCCAUUGUAUACGUCGAUUAUUUCAUAAAAAUGUCUGCGCUUCAAACUACGCUUCGACGAACGACGGCUGUGUUGAUGCCUAUCGGUUAUCACCCUGCGCGUGUUUGGUGUUCGACCAGAGCUACGGAUAGCAAGUUUAGAGUCUUGGACUUGAAAAAAAAAGCAUUUGUGCCUCAGGCUAAGAAGAAGUACAAUAAGACCAUCACUUUACCGCCCAGAGCGUUGAGUAUGCCUGUUGAUCAAGAUUGGACCAAUGUAUGGCCUGGUCCAAGAACAUUUCAUCCAGCUACUGUGCCUCUGGCACUACGACAAGGGUACGAUCAGAAAAGAGCAUCACCCGGUAAAUAUGGUAAUGCAGAGCUCAUGAAGAUUCCAAAUUUUUUGCAUCUUACACCACCGGCAGUGAAAAAACAUUGCAGUGCUUUAAAACAGUUUUGUACCGAAUGGCCUAAAGGCUUAGAAACUGAUGAAGAUUGCGAUAGACAUUUUCCAAUGACAACAAUAACAACAGAUUAUUGUCAUUCGUCACCAACCAUUAAAGAUCCUAAAUCUAGAAUAGUCACAAUCAAAAUCAAAUUAAGCACUUUAAAUUUGGAUAAACAUGCUAGAGACAAAAUGAUCAGAUUGGUUGGGGACAGAUAUGAUGAAGAAUCUGAUAUGCUUACUAUUGUCACUGAUCGUUGUCCAACAAGGAAACAAAACUAUGAUUACGGAGUCUAUGUUCUCACAGCUUUGUAUCAUGAAUCUAAUACCUUUGAGGAAUGGGAACGACAAAAACAAGAGGCAGACAUGGAACAUUACAUUUGGGAAAACAACCCAUCCAAAAAAGCGUACGUCACAUUAGCUCGAUGGCCAGAAAAGGUUUCAAAUGAUGAUGUAAACUCACAUUCUAUUGAUGACGAUAUGGUGGGGCAGAAAUACAAAGAAGCAGUUACAGAAUUAUUAAACAAUGGCGAAGAUAUAUAUACUUUGAAUAAGUAUAGGGAAGCUGUGAUUGCCGUAUUAUUACCUCAAACCGUACAGUCUUAGAUAGUUUGGAAAUAGAUAUUUGUUAUUUUAUACAAUAAAAUUAAUUUUGUUCAGA